AUGGGGCUGAACAAGUUAACAUGGUUGGAGGCGUACCCGCGCCUCGUAGGCAGUACGAUCCGUACUCCAACACGUACAAUCCGGGUUGGAGAGAUCACCCCAACUUCAGCUAUGGGAACAGGCUACAGAAUUCAUUCUCAAAUCAUCCACCGAGAUUUCAGCAACCAUGGCAACCCAAGCCUCAACUUUCGCCCUCCAAUUCAGGAGGCUCUUUGGAGGAUAUUGUCAAGAGUCUGGCUACGAGUACUACUCAGCUCCAAUAAGAAAUUAGGUCCUUGGUUGGAGAAGACGAAGAAGGCUGAGAAAGAAAAGGAGAUCCUGGAUGUAUUUCGAAAAGUGGAGAUCAACAUCCCCUUGUUGGAUGCAAUUAAGCAAGUACCAAAGUACGCAAAAUUCCUUAAGAAUUUAUGCACUCAUAAGAGGAAGUUGAGAGGGGACGAACGAGUAGCGGUGGGAGAAAACGUAUCAGCCAUACUCCAAAGAAAACUUCCACCCAAGUGUGGGGAUCCAGGUAUGUUUACGAUCCCUUGCAAAAUAGGAGAUACACCUAUUAGAAAAGCAAUGUUAGAUUUAGGGGCGUCAAUCAACGUGAUGUCAAAAACCAUUUAUGCUUCUCUAAAUCUUGGGCUAUUAAAAGAAACGGCCAUCACAAUGCAACUAACUGACCGCAUCAAUGCUUAUCCGGAGGGGCUGAUUGAGGAUGUUUUGGUUCAGGUAAAUGAGUUAGUUUUUCCAGCAGAUUUUUAUAUCCUAGAUAUGGGAGAUGAAAAGUCGUUAAAUCCGUCACCUAUUUUGUUAGGUAGACCGUUUCUUAGCACUGUUAGGACUAAAAUAGAUGUGAAUGAGGGUAUUUUAUCAAUGAAAUUUGAUGGUGCAAAAGUAAAUUUCAAUAUUUUUGAGAUGAUGAAAUAUCCAGAGAAAUCUAACUCAGUCUUUGCUUUGAGUGUUAUUGAGCCCAUUGUACAAGAAAUUUUUGAAAUGGAUGGUAAAGACGCAUUGGAAGUGGCCUUGACCAAGCCUCUUGAAUUGGGUGUAGCUCUUAAUGUGGAUAUGAGGGAUGAGUUGCACCAUGCAGUAGAAGCAUUACACUCACUUCCAACCAUGCCCCCAAGGUAUGAGCUUAUUUCUCUUUUUGUGCUAGAAAUUCAGACAAAGUUGCUUCUUUCAAUUGUGCAGGCACCGGAGUUAGAACUUAAGCCGCUCCCGAAACAUCCAAAGUAUGCAUUCUUGGGAGACCGAGAGACGCUUCCGGGGAUCAUUUCUGCACACCUAUCUCCAAGUUAA